AGAACAAGAGGAUCAUGAACGAACUACAGGACUUCAGUGCUCUGGACAGCCACUCAGAUUUGGAGAAGUAUUUCACCGUGUUUGAAGGCUCGUCGCAGGAGGACGUGGCCUACGCGAAGGUCUUCUGGAAUUCGCUGUCUCUGCAGCCGCCAGUAGAGUCCAGCCUGGUCUCUGUAGACAUCAGGCAGCGGCUGAAGGUGGCCAAGUCCCCACAACCCCCCAACCGCGGUCCCAGUCUUUCAUCAAACCCCAAGAAUGAUGAGGUCCUUCAGAGGGCUUAUCAGAGACAGAUGGAGGAUGAGAGGAAGAGAUAUAUGGAAAUGGCGAAGAAACGAGAUGAGAUCAUGAUGCUCUUAAAGAAGCAAAGAGAAGAGCGCAUUAAGAAAGAGAUGAUAUCCUUACAGCACAAGCCAAGAAGGUUGGACCUGACUGAGAGGUACCAGAGACAGUUUGAGCUGUUAAACUUCAGAUUCCUUUGGGGAUGCAGCAGUAGAGAAAUGAUGCUUGGAAUUGCUUACAAUAAAAGAGGCAGGGGUUUCUCUAAAGACUCCACCUGAGGUUCUGGAGCAGGACAUAAAGGAAGUCCAAGCGUUAAUAUGAAGGGCACCUUCAGUUGUUCACAGUAACCAGAGACAUUCCUCCUCUCCUACUACAAACAUCUCUGUUUAAGACAUUUUAGAUUCUGGAGAGUCAGCACGUUAAGAGUGAAUGGCUUUAUCGGCUGUGUCAGAGAAAACAGUGAGAAUUCUUGCAAAUAUUUGCCUUAUUGAGAAAUAUCUCAUAGCCAUUUAUAGCAAAGUAGUCCCCAUGAAGCAGUCACCACUGAGGCUGGCUCACCACACUCCACUUUAGUUACCACUUCAUAUCCAUGACUUCAUGCUACAGAUUCAGCAGAGCAGUGCAAACAAAUUGUACAAAAGACACAGUAUUAUGCCAAUCCAUGUUAUUAAAAUGGGACACCUUUACUGUCAAAGCGAGUUAAUUUCUUCACACUGUGAAAAACAGAGCUUGAUACUUUAAUGAACAUAUUAUGGUUCAUUUUGCUUGUGAUAUGCAUGAACGUUAUGGUUAUGACUGACAUUUGUGUGUCUGUUGAAGAAAUUUCAAAGUAAGCCUGUCCAGUUGCUUAAUCAUAUUUCCAUUUUUGUCAUUUUUGUCAUUUUUCACUUGAAAAUGGCAGUUGCCCUUCACAUUGUGUGUAAAUUUCAUGAUGAAUGGACCAAAAUAAAUGUCAAGCCAGAA